AUGAAGCAACGAUUUUCAUCCUUGGAUGUCAAGGUCAUCUCCCAGGAACUCUCCUCGGAGAUUGUCAAUUUGCGAGUGUCGAACAUAUAUGAUCUCUCAUCAAGGAUCUUCUUGUUCAAACUAGCAAAACCCGAUCAUCGUAAGCAGCUCAUCGUCGACUCAGGCUUUCGAUGCCAUGUUACCCAAUACUCGCGAGCGACGGCUACCAUGCCAUCUGGCUUCGUGUCUCGCAUGCGCAAGUUUCUUAAAUCCCGCCGGAUCACCUCUGUGAAGCAAAUCGGCACUGAUCGCAUUAUUGACUUCACCUUCAGCGAUGGCAUGUACCACAUGUUCUUGGAAUUCUUUGCGGGGGGAAACAUCAUCAUCACCGACCGUGAAUACAACAUUGUGGCUCUCUUCCGCCAAGUCUCCAUUGCCGAGGGAGAGGAGGCCAGGAAUUACCAUGGAGUCCCGGAAAUUACGCUGGAUAGGAUCAAGGAGACACUGGAGAAGGCGAAGGCACUAUUUGCAAAUGUCGACGGGGAGCCAAAGAAGUCAAAGAAGAAGAAGAAUGCGGAUGUGCUCAGGAAGGCCCUCUCCCAAGGCUUUCCCGAAUACCCUCCGCUUUUGCUGGACCAUGCUUUUGCGACAAAAGAUGUUGAUCCGGCAACUCCAUUGGACCUGGUCUUACAGGACGAGAGUCUGCUUCAACAAGUAAGAGGUGUUUUGGAAGAGGCUCAGAACCAGGAUAGGGGACUUUCAACGGAGGAGAACCAUCUAGGUUACAUCGUCGCGAAAGAGGAUAAUCGCAGUGCUUCUCAAUCAACCGGGAAGAACGAAAAGCCUUCGGAAACUGGCACACUUCUCUAUGAAGAUUUCCACCCCUUCAAGCCUCGACAGUUUGAAGGCCAACCAGGAGUUAGCAUUUUGGAAUUCCCUUCGUUGAACGCCACCGUUGAUGAAUAUUUCUCUUCGAUCGAGACCCAGAAACUCGAGUCGCGGCUUACAGAACGCGAGGAGACGGCGAAGAGAAAACUUGAUGCAGUGAGACAAGAGCAUGAGAAACGAAUUGGUGUCCUCAAGGAACAGCAAGAACUACAUAUUCGCAAAGCAGGCGCGAUUGAGGAUAAUGUUUAUCGUGUUCAAGAGGCCAUGGAUGCUGUCAAUGGCUUGAUCGCUCAAGGCAUGGACUGGGUAGAAAUUGCGCGCCUCAUUGAAAUGGAACAGGGCAGAGGAAACCCUGUCGCGAGAAUCAUUAAACUACCCUUGAAGUUACAUGAGAAUACAAUCACUCUGCUCCUUGGAGAAGCUGGCGACGAACCAGAUGAGGGUGAUGAGCUAUUCUCCAGUGAUGAGGAUGAAGAAUCCGAGGACGAGAAGGAAAAUGGUGGGGACCAACAAUCGUCAACAGUACUGACUAUCGAUAUUGACCUUGGCCUCACUCCAUGGGCGAAUGCCACGCAGUACUAUGAGCAGAAGAAACAGGCUGCAGAGAAGGAGCAAAGGACGGCGCAGUCAUCUACUAAAGCACUUAAAAGCCACGAAAAGAAAGUAACACAAGACCUCAAAAAGGGCCUGAAACAUGAGAAACAAGCGCUUCGGCAAACCCGACAGCCCUUUUGGUUUGAGAAGUUCCUCUUCUUCAUCUCUUCGGAGGGAUAUCUUGUCUUGGGUGGUCGAGAUGCUAUGCAGAGCGAGUUGCUCUACCGCCGCCAUCUCAAGAAAGGGGACAUCUUCGUGCAUGCGGACUUGGAUGGCGCCAGGCCUAUGAUUGUCAAAAAUAGGUCGAAAGAGCUUAAUGCGCCUAUACCACCAAGUACCCUUUCUCAGGCUGGAAAUCUAUGCGUUGCUACGUCGAGUGCGUGGGAUUCCAAAGCAGUCAUGUCGGCAUGGUGGGCUCCGGCCAACCAGAUAUCAAAAACUGCUGAAGUUGGAGGGCUUCUCCCUAUAGGCGAGUUUUUGGUCAAGGGCGAGAAGAACUUCCUUGCUCCGUCCCAACUUGUUCUUGGUUUUGGAGUGAUGUUCCAGAUCAGCAAAGAAAGUCUCAAAAAGAAUCACAAAACACACCUUUUUGAUGAGCCCGAGUCGUCCGAGACGACAGCGGAGGUCGUCCAUGACCCUACCGAGGAAAGCACGCAGCCUCCUGAACAACAAGAGACUAUUGAGUCUGGUACGCCUUCCGGGGAGUCCAAAGAGCAAGCUGAAGAGGAGAGCUCCGAGUCGGAGGACGAACAAGAUAACGCAGACUCACUUCCCGCUCGAAAUCCAUUGCAGCGUGGACUCUCGGAGCCUCUUGACGCUGAAACUGCACAAGAUGAGACCAAGGAUGCCGGGCCAGAUGGUGAAGAUGCUCCUAACAAGCCAGAGGAUGCAGACGCUACGUCGGAUGAGGUAGAAGUAAACUCUGUGCAUGAUGCAAAGACACCAGUACAGGAGAGCUCACUUCACCAUGAAACUGAAUAUCUUUCGGCUAGGGAAAGGCGAUCACUUCGAAAAGAACAAGCAUCCGACAAGAACUCGAAUGGGACAUCUACCAAAGCAACGAACGCUAAACAAGUGCUGGCAAAUACUCGAGGCAAGAAAGCAAAAGCCAAAAAGGCGGCCGCAAAGUACGCUGAUCAGGAUGAGGAAGACCGUGAACUAGCUCUUCGUUUGCUUGGGGCGAACAAAGCCAAGGCUAGCAAGGCUGCCGCUGCAGCUGAAGCUAAGGCGAACCGCGAUAAGGAAGCUGAGGCGCAGAAGAAGCGCCGCCAGGCGCAGCAUGAGCGUGCUGCAGAAGCUGAACGAAGGCGACAGGCCCUGUUUGAAGAAGGUGGGGAUGACUACGACGAAGAGACGGCUGCCGCAGAGGCAGCAGAUCUCGAGUGGAUUCCAGCAUUGAUUGGAACGCCUCAUCCCGAGGAUGAGAUCAUUGCGGGCAUUCCCGUCUGCGCUCCGUGGGCAGCAUUAGGCCGAUAUAGAUACAAGGUCAAAUUGCAACCCGGCACGGUGAAGAAGGGAAAGGCUGUCAAGGAGAUCCUCGGACGUUGGGUGGCUGAAACCACUACCGGCAAGGUUAAGAAGGAAUACGUUGAAGAAGCUGGCAUUAGCUUUGCUGAUGCGGAGAAGCUCCGGGCACGGGAGGGAGAUGCGAUCAAGGCAUGGAAGGAAACAGAGAUCAUUAACAGCGUUCCUGUUGGGAAGGUGCGCAUUAUGCUUGCAGGUGGAGGCGGAGGCGAUGGUAAAGGAAAAGGGAAAGGUGGUGGCCCAGGUACUAACAAGGGAGGGAAAGUCACUUCAGCGAAGCUGGUUUCCUUUAUCUCUCGCCUUGUCGCUGGCGGCUGUCCGCGCAGCUUCACGAGGUUCUUAAAUACUACUGCCAAAAUGUCGCCUAAAGAGCAAACUCGGAUUUUGUCAGUCCGCCGGUUGAAUAAAGAAGGUCCUGGAAGUAAAUCGCUUUUAGAAUGGUGGGAAAGUGAGCGCAGCAAUAAAACACCAGAAGCCGCCGCGAUCGAAGAGGCCGGCCAACUGCUCCGGACAAGCAAUAUCCCUGUUGCGUUUCCUACAGAGACGGUGUACGGGUUAGGAGCCGAUGCAACACGAAGCGAAGCGGUUCAAGGGAUCUACAAGGCAAAACAGAGGCCGUCGGAUAACCCGUUAAUCGUGCAUAUUGACUCACUCGAAAUGUUGGAACGGCUGCUCAACCCGCAGGAGUCGAGUCCCUCGUCGGAUACCCCGAGAAACACAAUUCCUUCUAUCUAUCAGUCUUUGAUCGCCCGUUUUUGGCCAGGCCCCCUUACGAUUCUUCUUCCCAACCCAUCUGGAUCGCUUCUCGCGAGUGAGGUUACUUCUAAACUGACUACUUUUGGUGCUCGCAUGCCUUCUUCGCCGCUCGCGCGGUUGUUAAUCCAUGCUGCGGACCGGCCGCUGGCGGCACCCUCGGCGAACGCAUCGACCAAACCAUCCCCAACUGCGGCGGAACAUGUGUAUCAUGACCUCCAAGGCCGUAUCGAGCUAAUUCUUGAUGGGGGUCCUUGCGGGGUGGGAGUUGAGAGUACUGUGGUAGACGGCCUGUGUGACCCUCCCGCCAUUCUGCGACCAGGUGGUAUUGGCAUUGACGAGAUCCGGGCGUGCGCGGGAUGGGAAAAUGUACAACUAGGAUACCAUGACGGUACUCUCGACGUGAAAGAGAUCCCUCGGGCGCCGGGUAUGAAAUAUAGACACUAUUCUCCGAAGGCACGUGUGGUACUCUUCGAAGCCAGCUCCAAGGAGCAGUCUGUCUCCAAGCAUAUUCGCAAGGACUUGGAAGACACAGCCAUCGGGGCACAUAUGGUUGGCAUCGUGCGAACGAGGCAUUGGAAGCGGGGACUCGGAUUAUUGUCCGAGGAAGAAAUCGAGAGAACCCUCAAGCCCCUUCCAUCACUAGUCAACGGUCUUGUGGGAUUCUCUGUUCCCAUCAAGGGCAACCCCGGUCGUAGCCCUGCAUUCAAGGAGGCCUUUGAUUGUCGUCUGGGGCCGGACGUCGAGUCCAUUGCGCGCGGACUAUUUGCGGCGCUCCGUGCCAUGGACGAAAUGGAGGUCGAUGUCAUCUAUGUAGAGGGCAUUCCUGAUCAACAAGGCGACCGUGCAGCUGCCGUGAUGAACCGACUCCGCAAAGCUGCGGGGGCCGAAUUGCGAGUUUAG